AUGCCACAUCCCGCAUCAGCGACAACACUCCAACAAAGCCUGUCCAUCCUAAGGACCUUCCUCUUACCCAAAGCCAUCCACUCACCACCCUCGAUCCGCCGCUCCUUCACCCUCGCCUCGUCCCUCUCCGAAAAACAGCUCCCUCCCCGACUCAAAAUCGACGAUGCCGACUUGACGGUAUCCUACCUCAAGGGCACCGGCCCCGGAGGCCAGAAGAUCAACAAGACGAACUCCGCCGUCCAGCUCAUCCACAAACCCACCGGUAUAGUGGUGAAAUCCCAAGCCACCCGCUCCCGGUCCCAGAAUGAGAAAAUCGCUCGGCAGAUCUUGGCUGAUAAAGUCGAGGAGUUGCUAAAGGGCGAUGCGAGUCGGAAUGCCAUUCGGGCUGAGCGCGCACGCAAGAAGAAGGCGAGCAAGAUGAAGAAGACUCGGCGGAAGUAUCGGGAGUUAGAGAAGGGGGCGCAGCAGGACGAGCAUGAGGAUGGGGAUGAGGUCGACCUAGAAGAUGACGCAGUGGACGAGGGUCAAGGAGUGGCGCAUGACGAUCGCCUGGGUGCUAAAGAUUCUACCACCGAGGAAACGUCUGAUCACCACACUGCUGAACAGAAGCAGCUCAGAUGA